GUCUAUUAUCGUAUGGAGGAUAACAAAUGCAUCUCGAGGGCAUCUAUCAGUACUUCAGAUGUCGGGAUCGGGCGAUCGUCCGGGUUCCCAGGAGGCAGACACCUUGGGGGUGACCACGUCUGCGAAAAGGUUUUUGACCACCAGACGCUAUCUACUUAAGUAGCACUUUCACCACGUGCUCCCCAGUAUGGAAAGGAGGCACAAGUCCGACUUAGGAUCGAGCUGUCUGCCUUCCUGCCUGCCGGCUCGCUCUCUCGCUGAUUAUGAUAAUCGGAGAGAGAGAGAGAGAGUGAGGAGGUCAGUACUUCAACGACAUCAUCUAGGACCUAUCUAUGCAUCGGCUCGCCUCUUCAGCAGGCAGGUGAAGUUGAAACACGAACUAUCGAAGGAUCUACUACUCUUUUCAAAGUUGAGGCUAGCUCUUAGAUGCCGUGGCUUGGCAUGGGGCUCGUGGAUUUGGCAUUGUCUGGGAUUCAUUGCGAGCUAAGCGUUCACUGUCUGAUCCGAUCAGACCCAAGACAGAUCGGUCCAUGAAGAGCAACCUUCCAAUUUCCAAUCCACGAGAGAGGCCAUCAUGUGCAUGAGAUCAUCCUUCUCUCCAUUGGGUGGGUACGAGGAAGGGUACUUUUCCCGCGACCUCCGUGCCAAGCUGCGUGCAUUCAAGAGUCUAGUAGUCUCUAGCACACAUGUCGACUUCAAACAAAGACAGCAACCCAAAACGGCACAAAAAAUGGGGGAGAAUUGAAGAGCUUGGGUAUGUCCACACAGUUGUCAGCUCAGGCAUGUGACAACGGUGCCUCAUGGCAGCUCCAGACGAUGGAGGUGACUGUUGUACAGACGUCAGGAUAACGAAUCUAGACGAAAAAGCCGUUCUACACGUUAUUUGCUGCAUGCUGUACAUGUUAUCGGCUUUAAUGAGGAGAAUAGUUUCAUGAUAGGGGAUUGUACGUCAUAGUUUAGAUUCGUAGCGCUGUACCAAUCAUGAGUCUGAGAGCUCAAUGUACUUGUUCGCCAGAGUGAGAGAAACGUUCGACGAAUUGCAAUAUUCGUUGGCCUAUCUUCCGUGGUGUAACCAUCUAAGUUGUGUGAUUCAAAGAUUAAAUGUUACCUG